AUGGUUGUGACUGGCCACUGGAUUGAUUCUAGUUGGAAAUUGCAAAAGAGAGUUUUAAGCUUCAUCAACAUUUCACCACCGAGGGGAGGUCUUCAGAUAUGUGAUGCUAUAUUUAGGUGCAUGAAAGAUUGGGGCACUGAAAAGAAGGUUUUUACAAUAACAGUUGAUAAUGCGACUAGUAACGAUUCUGCAAUUCGGUACAUGAAGGAUACACUUCAAAGAUCAAGAAGUUUGGUAUGUGGAGGACGUUUAUUUCAUGUUCGUUGUUGUGCACACAUUUUGAACUUGUGUGUUCAAGAUGGAUUAGAAGAGAUUCGACAUGUCAUUAGGGAUGUUAGAGAUAGUGUCGAAUAUGUGAACCGAUCGGAGGCCAGACGUAUACAGUUUGCAGAUUGUGUGCAGCAAUUGCAAUUAAAAGAUAGAAAAUUGAUUCGUGAUUGUAAAACAAGAUGGAACUUGACUUUUGAGAUGCUAAGUUGUGCACUCAAGUUUAAAGAAGCUUUUAAGAUGUUAAAUGAUCGUGAUCCAUUCUUUGACAGUUGUCUGUUAGAAGAUGAUUGGGAUAAAGUGACCAAGGUUUGUUUUUGGAAAGCAGCCUUGGAUAGUCAUGCAAAUGAUGAAGAUUCCUUUAUUAAGGAUUUGGUUGGGAAAAUGAAAAUGAAGUUUGAUAAAUAUUGGGGUGCGUGUAAUCUGUUGAUGGCUAUAGGUGCUGUUUUUGAUCCAACAAAGAAGAUGCUUGCAGUUGAGUUUUGUUUUCCUAGACUGUAUUCUGAUAAGGAAGCUAAGGAAAACAUUUCAAAAGUGAAAGAGAUCAUCAAUACUCUUUAUGAAGAGUAUGUUGCUGAAGCAAUGAACAAAGGCAUUUCUAAAAAUCCAGGUUCUUCUACAACUUUUGGGAGCCAAGUAAGCCGUCAAAGUUCUACAUAUGAUUGGGAUGAUUUUGAUGAUUAUUGUGCUCAAGUUGAAACUUCAAAGCCAAAGAAAUCAGAGUUAGUAGACUAUCUUGAAAAAGGCCGUCUUAAGAAAAGUGAGAUUUCUGCAGACUUUUCUUGUUUGGAUUGGUGGAAGAUGAAUAGAAUGCACUAUCCAAUAUUGUCAAGAAUGGCAGCGGAUAUCUUAGCUAUACCUGUUAGCACGGUGGCUUUAGAAGCAACGUUUAGUGCGGGGACACGAGUAAUUGAUUCUUAUCGUGCAUCAUUGCUGCCGAAAACAGUACAAGCUUUACUCUGUGGGGGUGAUUGGCUUUGA